CACUAUCUCGCAAGUGGAAUAUUCAAAAUGCCCAUGCGAAGUUUGUUUAAUAUGCACAUCGAUGGGAAAUGGUAUCGCUGGCUCUAUGGAGUGCGGGGAUCUCGCUACUCGCCCGAUUCAUCUGCUAGUCUGGAGGAGAUUAGGCGUAUUACUUCAACAUCUGAUAUCAGUAACUGGCAGUCCAUCCCUUUUCCAAGUUCAGGGUGGACUAGUUUCAGAUAUGUGUUCACGAUCGAUAGGGAUAGGGGAUACUUGAAGUUGUCGCAGUGGAGGAAAGUCAAUGGUGUCAGGACACGCUUGGUUAGACAAGCAGAUCUUAAGAAGAUCCAAGAUACUUCGGUUGAAUCGCUUGGUGCUAUUCUUGAAGAUGUGAAUGAAACAGACCAGGUCACGUCGGACGAUAGCCCAUAUGUGGCCAUGCCGAUAUGCGACAAACUGCAUCUCAAGAUUGGGAUGCCCUCAGCGUUGAAUGAACUUCAAUGUCGACUUUUUACACACUUUGUCAAUUCGUGGCGAUUCUAUCUUGACGAUACACGGGCAUGGGAACGUCCCUGUCCGCAGCUCAGGACAUUUGCCAUUGCUAUUCUGCGCCUGGCAGCUUGGGAUCUCGAGGUUGUACCUCAUCCAUACGAUGAUGAGGUCCCCAUCAAUUACCCCCUUAUACCAUCAUGGACGGCUCCCGAUGAGGACAUGUUCUGGUUCCAUGGGUUUCUGGUUAUUUUCCACGGUGCAGGGCAGACGGGAAAAGCAGUCAACAUGGCUGUGCUGAAGGCUAGAAGGAUGCAGUCUCUUGUCCGGAUUAUCCUCGUAUCGCUGCCUGAUAUCGCUCUCGUUGAGGUCUCUGCUGAGAGUAUCCGCUGCUCUUCAACCAUUCCGCUUAUUACCAAUGAUUCAGUGGUGCACUGCUCGCCUGGAUUUCGACUUUUGGCAUAUAUUUUCACUUCAUCAUGCUGGAAACCAUCCAUAUAUCACAGGGAGUGGUGGGGGGUUUAUCUCCCUUUUGAAAUACGCGACAUGAUACUACAUAACAUGGAAUCCAGAGAUAUCAUAUCCUUUGCCCAAGCCUCACUUACAGUGCAGGAGUGGUAUUACUCGUCUAUCCCUCAAUUCAGAGAUUUAAAACCUCGGAACUUUGAUUUUACAAUAUCCUGCUGUGGAAACCGUCACCUUUCUGACGUGGAGGGUAUACGCUGUUCCGUAUGCUAUGCCUGGCAUCACCUGAAGUGCAUCCCAAACUUCCAGUCACUGGAUGAUAAAUACAUCUGCUCUCACUGCCAGCAAAAUCAAACCUGCACAUUCCUCGAUAUCGACGGCAUCCAUCAAACAUCACGUACGAAACGUGUGGAAAUGGGCCUUGAAGUGGUCGUUGAUGGGUGUAUCCAAACGCUCGGUCCAUGCUUGCUGGAUAAACGGCUGACAACACUACCGCGCAGGGGAGGAAGCUAUGCGAGGGCUUCUCUUUAUUAUGUUGAUUACAGUAUAUGGUUCAAUGGUGCUUUUUCUGGACUAGCCUAUAAUCUUUGUCUUUAAUAUUGACGGAGUUUUCAAAAUGCAGAAUGAUACUCUAACACUGUGCAUACUUUGAGACCUGUCUUCGGAUUCUGGGUCAUUUCCUUGCUUGUCGGAGCUUUGUGCUUUGACAUUGCCUCUGUUGUUCUGGUAAAGUUCUUAGUGCUCUUCAAUUCUGAUCCAAUAAAUGAUUCUCUCGACCUUCUAAAUAUCCUAUCGUCGGCAUCGAAAAAAACUGGAGAACACAUGAGAUGGAGCUGCCCAUCUACCGGCUCUUUUGC